UUAAAGCCAGUUUCAAGCGAUUCAAAAUUGUGUGAGUCAGCACAGCGCCAAAACCCUUCUAAAAGACGCCAAGAUUCUUUAACAAGUGAAAAAAUGAUGGAAGAACAGGCUUUAAAAUAUGGAGCUUCCCACGUUAUUCAUUUAUUUGUGCCAGUAUCUUUGUGUAUGGCUGUUGUUAUUUUGACAAUGAUGACUGUUGGGUAUUAUUCAAAGGCAGGGGAAUAUCUUCCAUACACUCCAUUUCAUGGAAAAACAACAGAUGGGGCAGGAGAGAUUUUGCUUCAAUCUUUGGCUAAUGCGGGGAUAUUACUUGUAGUUAUUAUUGUUAUGACUGUAAUUUUGAUUGUAUUAUAUAAAUCUAAAUGUUAUAAGAUUAUUCAUGCUUGGCUAAUGUUAAGUUCCUUGAUGUUGCUCUCCAUGUUUACUUUGUCUUUUAUUGAAGAAUUAUUUCGCAACUACAACAUUCCAAUUGACUAUAUUACUCUUGGAAUAUUUCUUUGGAAUUGGUGUGUUCUUGGCAUGAUUUGUAUUCAUUGGCAAGGACCUUUACUUCUCCAACAGUUUUAUUUGGUUUCUGUGUCUGCAUUAAUGGCUUUAAUGUUUAUUAAACAUUUACCGGAAUGGUCUGUUUGGUCUAUUUUAGCUGUGCUUUCAAUUUGGGAUUUGGUUGCUGUUUUGUGUCCAAAAGGGCCUUUGAGGAUUUUGGUGGAAACGGCACAGAAGAGAGAUGAACCUAUCUUUCCAGCUUUAAUAUAUUCUUGUAAAUUAUUUUUAAUAUCUGUUUGUGACGCUGGUAUUCUCUAUAUGUACACUUUAACGGGAAUGGGACAAGUUAAUAAUGCUGUUGAUUAUGAAAAUGAAGAAGAGGAAGAACAACAAAGAGAAGAAAAUGAACAAGGACAACAAUUACCAAGUACUUCAACUAGCAAUAACAACAAAACUCGUACAAAACGUGAAGGUAGUGCAACAUCUACAGAUGGAUUGUUAGAAAAAGAUGAAAAAAAUGAAUCAAUUAAUAAAAGAGAAGAAAGUAUUGGAGAACAGAGUACAAGUAGAUCAAGAAGUGCUCCAGGUCGUCCAACAUCAUCCUCCAAAAGACAAAAUGUCACAACAUCUGACGAUACAAUUAUCACAAUUAUUGGAAGCAGCAAUGAUGGGGCAGGAACUUCUUCGACCCAACCAACAACUAGUAAAGAAAGUGGUCGUUCUCCUCGACGUUCUCGUUCAGCACAAAAUUUUGGUGGUGGAGAGGAAAAUGAUUUGGUUGAAGAACGUGGAGUUAAGCUUGGUUUGGGUGAUUUUAUUUUCUAUAGCGUUUUGGUAGGAAAGGCUAGUAGUUAUGGUGAUUGGAAUGUUACAAUUGCUUGUUAUGUCUCGAUUCUUGUGGGCCUUGCUUUUACAUUAAUGCUCCUUGCAUUGUUUCGUAAAGCUUUGCCAGCCUUGCCAAUUUCUAUUUUUGCUGGAAUAACUUUCUUUUUUGGGACGCGAUGGCUUAUUACUCCAUUAAUGAAAGAAAUUGCUUUACGACAAUUAAUACUUUAA